UGUUGAUAUAGAUAAAAAUAAUAUUAAAAGAAAAGCUGAUUAUAUUGAUGGGACAUUUGAAGGAUUAACUAAAAGAAAUAUUUCUAAUAGUAAUAUUGUUUCCACAAAUUUACUAGAUAAGAAACAACAAAAAGAUCAUGAUAAAAUUAAUAUGAUGAAUAAUAUUUCAGAUCUAAAAAAAAAUGAAACGUCAUCUACCAAAUUACUCAAUGAAAAUAAUACUCAAUACAAUUCAUUUAAGGAAGAUAAAACAAAUAAUGGUAAAAAAAUUUGUGUAUUAAAUAAUCCGGAUGAUGAAGAAAAAAAAAAAAAAAAAAAAAAGGAGAAUAAGUGUGACGACAAUAAAUUAAAGGAUAAAUCAAAUGAAAGUUCAAACAAUAACUCAAAAGAUAAAUUAAUUAAUAAUAUAAACAAGAAAAAGGAUAUUAAAAAGGAUAUGAAUAAAGGAAUAUAUAAAGAUAGUCAAAAUAAUAUGCCCAAUUUAGUUCAUCAAAAGGAAUCCAUAAUAUAUCCUAAAAAUAUAAAUGAUAAAAUAUGUGAUAAAAUAAAUGAUGAAACAAAUGAUAAAAUGUGUGAUAAAACAAAUGAUAAAAUAUGUGAUAAAACAAAUGAUAAAAUAUGUGAUAAAACAAAUGAUAAAAUAUGUGAUAACAUAAAUGAUAAAAUAUGUGAUAACAUAAAUGAUAAAAUAUGUGAUAACAUAAAUGAUAACAUAAAUAGUAAUAUGAAUAAUAUUAAAGAAGAAGGAAGUAAUAAACAUAAUCAUAAUAUACAUAAUUCAAAUGAUCAAAAUAAAAAUACCAUAUCUAAAUCAUCUACAUUACAUCACUCUUCACAAAAAGUAAAUAAAAUAAAUGAUUAUUUCACUGAAAGAAAAAAUAAUCAGAAAACCACUGUCUUUGUAGGUGAAAAAAUGCAAAAGAUAAAAGCAGAUUUCAAAUAUGGAGAAGAUGUUACACCAAAGGUUCAAAAUAAAACUGUCUAUGAAUCACAAAAUGAAACAAUAAGUAAUACAGAUGCUAAGUCGAGUGAACGAUUAAUUGAAAAAAAACAAGAAAAAACUGUUUUUACCGCACAAAGAUGUGAGAAGAGUAAUGCGGAUGCAAGGGCUAGUGAAAAGUUGGUUGAACGAAAACCU